AUGGUCAACUGGUUGCCUUCAGCCAUUCGACGCCUUCUUCUUUACCUCGUUCCUUUCUGCUGUCUCAGGUCGUCCGUGCUUCGUCGUCUUCUUCUGUUGUUGGUCGCUCUCUUCCCUUUGAUCACGAUUAAAGGUUUCUUUCUUACAAUGGAUGAGAAGCAGCAGAUUGUGGUCAAAGCGAGACUCAGUCUUGGAUCGGAAAAUCAUUCUGUUGAAGGGUGCAAGGGGGGGAUGGUUUCAGAACAGGUGGUACAUGUGAAAGGGGAAUGUAUGUCCAUAUUCAAGGAAUUUAUUACCAAACAUAAUGUUCCAAAUGAUGUCCCAGAUCCAGAUGAAAUAGUGUCAUCUGAAGAUGAUGAGACUCCUUCCCCUGUUGUCAAGUCAAAGAAGAUUAGAAGAGAAAGUAAUUGA